GACGUCUGGCACACACACACACAACACAGACUUGGUAGAACGUCAGUAGAUCGUGUUACGAUAGGACCGGGGCAGAAUCUAAAGUAGGACCGUGGAAUUGCUUCGAAGAAAAAGAGUCUCAUUAACAUUACACUUUUUAUAUUUUCGCAAUAAUGUUCGCAGUGAGGCGUAUUCCGAUUUUUAAAACAAUCAAGGACGCAUUCACAAGGCCGAAACACACUCUCCCAGAUCUGCCAUACGACUACAAGGCUUUGGAACCUAUCAUAUCUGCAGAGAUCAUGCAACUUCAUCAUUCCAAACAUCACGCAACCUAUGUUAACAACCUGAAUAUUGCAGAAGAGAAGUUGAAGGAGGCAACUAGUAAAGGCGACAUAAAUACUCAAAUUUCUCUACUUCCAGCCAUCAAAUUCAAUGGUGGCGGACAUCUCAAUCACACAAUUUUUUGGAGCAAUUUGUCACCCAGUGGCGGUAAUCCAGAUGCUGCUCUUGUGAAACAAAUUGAAAAGGAUUUCGGUAGUAUGGAGGAAAUGAAAAAAUGCCUGUCAGAGUCCACUGUGGCGAUCCAGGGUUCUGGGUGGGGUUGGCUUGCUUACAAUCAGAAAAGCAAGUCCCUCAGGAUAGCAACCUGCGCAAAUCAGGACCCAUUGCAACCCACGACUGGUCUCAUUCCUCUCUUUGGUAUCGACGUGUGGGAGCACGCCUAUUACUUGCAGUACAAGAACGUGCGACCCGAUUAUGUGAAAGCAAUCUUCGACAUUGUCAAUUGGAAGGAUGUAAAUGCACGCUUCAAAACUGCCAUCGGCUGUUAAGAGAUGAGCACACGAACAGAGUUUAGCGCUUAAUAUUCACCUUCAAUGCUAAGUUGUCACUUAGAACAAUGGCUACAUUCAGCAAAAGCUACUUUGCAUUGCAACUGUUAUAAAACUUUAUUGACUCUGAUUAUAUUAAAUGGAUUCUUGAAUUCAGCCAAGAUUAAAAGCAUAUAUCAAUCAAACUUAUGAAUUUCACUCAUAAUCGUUGCAAAGAAACUUUUUCUGUUGAACAUAAUCAAUGUUUUUGUUAAGAUUGGAAUGUCGUUGCGAGUUCUCAUCAUGCUCGAUAACAAACUGUGAUUUUAUUUUUCUUGUAUUUAUAUAUAUAUAUAUAUAUAUAUAUAUAUAUAUAUAUAUAUAUAUAUAUAUAUAUGUACUAUCUGUAUCACAUUUUAAAUGUGUUAUUGUUACAAGCAAGUACCAAAAUAAGUAUAAUAUGUAUAGAGUGCAUUUUGUAUCUUGUCUUAUGGUAAAAUAAGAACAAGAAGUAAUAAUAGUGUUUUUAAUCUGACAACAUUUGAUAACUGCGAGUAUCCCAACUACUGUUAAUAUAAGUUAUUAUUUCAUACAUA